AUGGCAUCAGGUACUAUGAACACCCUCUCCAUGCUUUUCAUGGCUUUUGUCCUCAUGGCUGUAGCAAGUGAAUUGGCAAGUGCCAGUUCGUUCACAGUAUAUCGUUUAUCAGGUUGCAGCGGCGAAUCUCAAACGUAUCGUUGUGGAUGCAACAAUCUUUUGUAUAUGGGUGAUUAUCGAUUUACUUACACUGGUCAAACUGCUAGAAUGUAUAACACAAGGAAUUGCUUAGGUGACAGCGUUGCUACUUUAAGCGGCAGCGGCAGUCGGUGGGCCGGCAUUGGAUGGAGGAGUGUUAACCUCCAGUGUUAA